CUAAAGCACUGUAGCUGUAACUGAUAUUUCCAUGUGUGUUGUUAAUUUUAAAAAAGUUAAAAAUUUCGAUGUGUUGCAUUGGAUGUUGCUUGAAAAAUGAAUGCUGAAAGCAAUUUUGAUCCUUAUCAUGGAAGUCCACCAGUUGCAAUUGAAAAAGUAAAAAAGUACCAAAGGGGUAAAAGAAUAGAUUUUCAUGGCAUCAAAACUAAACACCAUAAAAUUGAUUUAAUAAAAGCAGAUAAGAAAUUUAGGAAGUCUGUUCGGCAAGCUGCACGGAAUGAACUGUUGUUGACUGAGGAGGCAGGAUAUAUUGAACCUGAUGAAAAUGAGGAUACUUAUCGUAUUCAGCAACAAGAUAUUGCUAAAGAAGUUGAUAUAACGAGUGCUUCUAAGUUAUUCUCCUUAUCAUUGACAGAGUUUGGACCUUACAAAUUAAAUUAUUCAAGAGAUGGAAGACAUCUCCUACUUGGAGGAUAUCGUGGACAUGUUGCUGCUAUGGAUUGGGCUACAAAAAGACUUCUGUGUGAAAUAAAUGUUAUGGAGUCAAUUCAUGAUAUCUGUUGGUUGCAUUUACCUACUAUGUUUGCAACAGCCCAAAAAGAAUGGGUGUACAUUUAUGAUAACAAAGGAACAGAACUUCAUUGUAUUAAAAAGCUUAGUCGUGUCCUGCAGAUGGAAUUCUUACCUUAUCACUUUCUUCUAGCUACAGCAAGUGAAAAAGGUUUCCUAUCUUGGUUAGACAUUUCUAUUGGAAAAAUGGUUAAAGAAACCUACACAAGUGCUGGUCGUCUGAAUAUAAUGUGUCAGAAUCCUUACAAUGCAAUCAUUGCUACAGGUCAUCCAAAUGGUUCCGUAAGCAUGUGGUCUCCAAAUGUUGAUAAGCCUCUUGUGAGAAUUCUUUGUCAUGCUAAUCCAAUAAGGUCACUUGCUAUUGAUUCUAAGGGAUUAUAUAUGGCCACAGCUUCACUAGAUAGAAAUUUAAAAAUAUUUGAUGUACGCACCUACAAGUGUCUUCAAUCAUAUAAGUUAGGUGCUGCUGCUGGAUUUUUAGAUUUUAGUCAACUUGGACUAUUAUCUGCUGGCUUAGGAAAUGUGGUGGAAAUUUAUAAAGACUGCUGCACUCAGGCUGUCAAGGCUCCUUAUCUACGACAUAAAGUGAGAUCUACUAUAUCAGGUGUGCAAUUUUGUCCAUAUGAAGAUGUUUUGGGUAUAGGGUACAACUCUGGUUUCAAUAGUAUUUUAGUACCAGGUGCUGGUGAGCCUAACAUUGAUUCAUAUGAAACUAAUCCUUUCCAGACUAAAUCACAAAGAAGAGAAAUGGAAAUUAAAUCAUUAUUAGAAAAGAUUCAACCUGAACUAAUAACACUGAACCCAAGUCAUCUUGGUGCAAUUAAUGUCCCAACUCUUAAAGAGAAAAUGGAGGAAUUGAAAGCUAAGCCUUAUGUGAAACCACCAAAUAUUGAAUUUGAGCCACGACGGAAAGCAAAAGUACGAAGUAAAUCAGCUAAUGCAUUCAAACGAAAGAAAAUCGUCAAGGAAACUGCUAAAAGAGAAUUUAUUAAGGCUGUUGUGAAAGAAAAACUAUCCAAAAAUUCUGAUGAUGAUGGUAAACAACCAAAACAUAUCAAUGUUUUGGAUAGGUUUCGUAAAAAAGCAAAAUGAAAUCAUUUUGCUUUUGAAUAUGUAAAAAUUGUUAUGUAUUUAUGAUCAUGUUUUUAAAAUAAAAUACU